GGACGCUGGCUUCAGGGUGCGCGAGUGCGCGCUGUGGCUGCCCGCGAGCCCGCAGGUGGGUAGCCUGGGCGCGGGAGGAAGGGGAAGUUACCUUCCCCUCGGAAGAGGGCGCUGGCUCCCCCAUCCUGCCUGUAUAAUAAGAAGGCCACGGGAGGAGAGGAAGCAGCCAGCUGUCGUCUGAGCUUUGCAAAGCAUGCAGUUAGGGGAACAACUCUUGGUGAGCUCUGUGAACCUGCCCGGCGCGCACUUCUACCCGCUGGAGAGUGCGCGAGGCGGCGGCGGCGGCGGGAGCGCCACCCACCUCCCCGGCGCUGACCCCUCGCCGCAGAGGCUGGACUUAGACAAAGCGCCCAAGAAGUUCUCGGGCGGUCUCUCGUGCGAGGCGGGGAACGGGGAGCCCACAGCAGCUGGAGCGGGGGCUCCCGCGGCCAUGCUGAGUGACGCCGACGCCGGGGACACCUUCACCAGCGCCGCGGUGGUGGCCAAGCCAGGGCCCCCGGACGGCCGCAAGGGCUCCCCCUGCGGGGAGGAGGAGCUGCCCUCCGCCGCUGCCGCCGCCGCCGCCGCCGCCGCCGCUGCCGCGGCCACCGCGCGCUACUCCAUGGACAGCCUGAACUCCGAGCGCUACUACCUGCAGUCCCCCGCGCCCCAGGGCUCCGAGCUGGCUGCGCCCUGCUCGCUCUUCCCGUACCAGGCAGCGGCCGGGGCGCCCCACGGAUCUGUUUACCCGGCUCCCAACGGCACGCGUUACCCCUACGGCUCCAUGCUGCCCCCCGGUGGAUUCCCCGCAGCCGUGUGCCCACCCGGGAGGGCGCAGUUUGGCCCAGGAGCCGGCGCGCCCAGUAGUGCGGGAGGCAGCGGGGGCGGGGGCGGCGGCCCCGGCGCCUAUCAGUACAGCCAGGGGCCCCCGCUCUACGGGCCGUAUCCCGGAACCGCAGCGGCUGGAUCUUGCGGAGGACUGGGGGGCAUGGGGGUUCCCGGAUCCGGCUUCCGCGCCCACGUCUACCUGUGCAACCGGCCUCUGUGGCUCAAAUUCCACCGUCACCAAACUGAGAUGAUCAUUACGAAGCAGGGCAGGCGCAUGUUUCCUUUCUUGAGCUUCAACAUAAACGGACUCAAUCCCACCGCCCACUACAACGUGUUCGUAGAGGUGGUUCUGGCCGACCCAAACCACUGGCGCUUCCAGGGGGGCAAGUGGGUGACCUGCGGCAAAGCCGACAAUAAUAUGCAGGGCAACAAAAUGUAUGUCCACCCAGAGUCUCCUAAUACUGGUUCCCAUUGGAUGAGACAGGAGAUUUCCUUUGGGAAAUUAAAACUCACCAAUAACAAAGGCGCAAAUAACAACAACACCCAGAUGAUAGUCUUACAGUCUUUACACAAAUACCAACCACGGCUGCACAUUGUUGAGGUUACAGAGGAUGGUGUGGAAGACUUGAACGAGCCCUCGAAGACCCAGACCUUUACCUUCUCAGAGACACAGUUCAUCGCAGUGACUGCCUACCAAAACACAGACAUAACUCAGCUGAAGAUUGAUCAUAACCCCUUUGCAAAAGGCUUCAGGGACAACUAUGAUUCCAUGUACACCGCUUCAGAAAAUGACAGGUUAACUCCAUCUCCCACGGAUUCUCCUAGAUCCCAUCAGAUUGUCCCUGGAGGUCGGUACGGCGUUCAGUCCUUCUUCCCGGAGCCCUUUGUCAACACUUUACCUCAAGCCCGAUAUUAUAAUGGCGAGAGAACCGUGCCACAGACCAACGGCCUCCUUUCACCCCAACAGAGCGAAGAGGUGGCCAACCCUCCCCAGAGGUGGCUUGUCACGCCCGUCCAGCAACCAGGGACCAACAAACUAGACAUCGGCUCCUAUGAAUCUGAAUAUACUUCCAGUACCUUGCUCCCAUAUGGUAUUAAAUCCUUGCCCCUCCAGACGUCCCAUGCCCUGGGGUAUUACCCCGACCCAACCUUCCCUGCAAUGGCAGGGUGGGGAGGUCGAGGUUCGUAUCAGAGGAAGAUGGCAGCUGGACUACCAUGGACCUCCAGAACCAGCCCUCCUGUGUUCUCUGAAGAUCAGCUUUCCAAGGAGAAAGUCAAAGAGGAAAUCGGCUCUUCUUGGAUAGAAACACCCCCUUCCAUCAAGUCUCUAGAUUCCAAUGAUUCGGGGGUAUAUACCAGUGCUUGUAAGCGAAGGCGGCUAUCUCCUAGCACCUCCAGUAAUGAAAAUUCUCCCUCCAUAAAGUGUGAGGACAUUAAUGCUGAAGAGUACAGCAAAGACACCUCAAAAGGCAUGGGGGGAUAUUACGCCUUUUACACAACUCCCUAAAGAGUCGUUUAAACCUUGUAAGCAUUAGCUCUUUGCAAAUGGACUUGGUGGUGUUCUUGUUGUCUUCUCUGCCUAGGUUGCCAAAAAGACGUUUGCCUUCCACCUUGAUGCAUCCCGUUUUGUGCAAUUCUCUAAAAGAAGGUGCCAAAGCUUUUUGAUUGCUGCAGGUAACUGAAACAAACCUAGCAUUUUUUCCUUUUAAAAAUAAAGUUAAUGGAGGACUUUAGGAAGUGUUUUUAAAGCUCGAGGGCUAGUCAACAUUCUAGAUUUAUUUACUGGAGACACUAACUGUUCAGCGAUGCAGGCUGUGAGGACUGGGUGCCCAACUCUAGCAAAUGAGCUAAGGUCUUUGGCUCUCGGUUUCUACUUGUAAAUCUUUAAGCAAGUAAAAGCCCUGAGUGUUAGUGUGGUUUGCUUCUAGAAAAGAGGGGCUGGGCUUUAGGCUUCAGCAGGCAGCUUUUUGCUAUUAACCUUCUGCCAGGGGCAAAAGAUGUUAGGCCUGGGAGUCAAGCAAGACUUUUGUCAAAGUGCUGGUUUUACCUGACUCUCGAUUCCUCGCAGGCUUUGGGAACAAGCCGUGUCUGCCCUAGUCCAAGAUUGCCUCCCUUGGGACAUGCUAGGCCUCUGCUGUGUGCUGAGGUAGCCAGUGGGACUCAGGAGAGAGUGAGGAAGGAAGUCACCAAAAAAAAAAAAAAAAAAAAAAAAAAAGAAAGAAAAGAAAACAAAAACAAAACAAAAAACCCUGUACAGUUGUGUGUGUUUAGAUACACUGUAGAAUAAUGUGGAAUAUAUUGUACAAAUAGGCUACAUAGGUGUCUCAGACAAUGUAAAAUUGGUGCUUUGGCUUUGUAAAGAAUUUGCAAAUCAUCUAAACAACAGCUGCAGGGGCAAGGGGAGAAUUUCAUCAUCCCCAUAUUUGGGAAUAUUCUUGAUAGUUAAGAAUGUAUGCAGCUACUCUGUACUGACUUGAACCGUGUUUGAGGAAAACUCCUAUUAUCCUGUUCCUUGGCCUUCCCUACUCCACCCCUUGGUAAUAUGAAAAAGAAACAGUCUGAUGCCACAGCUCCCGUAGGCUUUUUAGAGAUGUUGGGUUUUUAUGUACAGUCUUAGUCAUUUUUAAUAAAUGUGGUUCAAUAAGGGAA